AGAAAAUGUGGCACAUAGCUCUCCGGUCCGUGUCUCCGAGAUGACAAAGAAAAGAAGGAACAAUGGUCGUGCCAAAAAAGGCCGCGGCCACGUGCAGCCUAUUCGCUGCACUAACUGUGCCCGAUGCGUGCCCAAGGACAAGGCCAUUAAGAAAUUCGUCAUUCGAAACAUAGUGGAGGCCGCAGCAGUCAGGGACAUUUCUGAAGCGAGCGUCUUCGAUGCUUAUGUGCUUCCCAAGCUGUAUGUGAAGCUACAUUACUGUGUGAGUUGUGCAAUUCACAGCAAAGUAGUCAGGAAUCGAUCUCGUGAAGCCCGCAAGGACCGAACACCCCCACCCCGAUUUAGACCUGCGGGUGCUGCCCCACGUCCCCCACCAAAGCCCAUGUAAGGAGCUGAGUUCUUAAAGACUGAAGAUAGGCUAUUCUCUGGAGAAAAAUAAAAUGGAAAUUGUACUUAAAAAAAAAAAAAAGAAAGAAAA